AUGUCUGAAGAUCUGUAUGCAGCAGCGGACUUUUGCCUAAUCCCCAUGGGCGUAGAGGCGUCAGUUGGACCGUACAUUGCAAAGGUGUUGGAAAAGUCUGGCCUCAAGUUUACAGUACGUCACACAUCAUUCAUCAUUUCGAGCACUCAUCAUGCACAUUCCCUAGAUGCAGUACGUUCAUUGCCUGAUUGCCUAGCGGCGCUCAAACCUCUGACCAUCAGUGGCUAUGGGACAAAUAUUGAAGGACCAUGGACCGAGGUUUGCAAGGCCAUCCAAGACUGCCACAAGGCUGUCCACGAGCAGGGAGCUCCAAGAAUUGCGACAGACAUUCGUAUCGGGACGAGGACAGAUAGAGAUGCCGUUCCAGGAACCGUUAAUGACGGUAAACUGGCAAGGGUGCAACAACUUCUCAAGGAGGGGGAAGGUGUUUCACAAGAGUAG